UCUCUCUCUCUCCUCUUCUAUUCUUGGUCUUCUCCAUUAAUGGCUUCCAAUGUUGAUAGCCCUAAGGGCUACAUGAUCUUUCGUCCUGAGAAGGCAGGAGUGAUAGACAUACUUAGCUUACUGAUCCGGAGGAAAAGCCUUAGUAGCUACAAGUUUGUAGAGACGACUGAAGGCUUUAACACUGCAGGGCUGCAUGAUGACCCAUGGGUCAUUGCCCUCACCCUGCUCAUCCAGAAAACUUUGAAGGCCAUCAGUGUGCCCAUGAAGUGGAUGGGCUAUUACCUUGAGUUCUUUUUCAACUUGCUAGCACUCAACGGUGGCAUAUUAGGCCUCUUGUGGCAUAUUCUCACCUUCUCGUUGGUGAUACCAAAGCGUGAUUCAGCGGAAUUCAGAUCUUUCAUUGGGCUCAUCGAUGGAAGGGUUGAUCUAUACAAGAAGUCGUCUGAGAUGAACUACUUUGAGCUGAUGUAUCCAGAGUCUAGCCUUGCUGAUACAAACGUUUUGGAUCUCUCCAUGAUGGCUUCUAAAAUUGCAUACGAGAAUCCAGCAUACGUAGAGAAGACAGUCACCGACCAAUGGAAGAUGCACUUUGUCGGAUUCUACAAUUGUUGGAACAAGUUUCUUAACGACCACACGACACAAGCUUUCAUAUGUUGCGACAAGGCUGAGGAUGCGAGUGUGAUCGUGUUGGCAUUCCGCGGCACGGAGCCCUUCAACGCCGAAGACUGGUCAACUGACGUUGACCUCUCUUGGCUUUUCACUGGCAAAAUGGGGAACAUCCAUCUUGGAUUCUUGAAAGCUCUUGGCCUCCAAAAUGAGCUGAGCUUCCUUUUAGGGUUCCCCAAGGAGUACAGUAACCCUGCAGACAAACCCGUGGCCUAUUAUGCCGUAAGGGAGGUCCUUAGAUCCCUUAUCAAACAACAUCCUAAUGCCAAGAUCAUAGUUACCGGGCACAGCUUGGGAGGUGCUCUUGCGGCUAUCUUCCCUGCACUACUCUCUUACCACGACCAGAGCGACAUCUUGAAUGCCAUGUACGGCGUCAUGACCUUUGGACAACCUCGUGUUGGAGAUACUCUACUCGCCACGUACAUGACCACCAUUGUUAGGCUCAAAUUCCACAGAAUGGUGUAUCGUUUUGACAUCGUUCCCAGAAUUCCCUUCGAUAUGCCUCCUGUCGCCAUGUUCACGCAUUUUGGCACUUGCAUCUACUACAGUGACUGGUACAAGGGACAGGUGGUGAUCGACUCCCCCAAUCCUAAUUACUUUGAUCCAAUGUACAUGAUCCCCAUGUACUUUUGGGCCUGGGUCGAUCUACUCAGGGCUUUGAUUAUUGGACAAACUGAAGGCAAAGACUUCCGAGAGGGCUACAUCUCAAUCUUGUACCGAAUGGUUGGUCUCGUGAUACCCGGAGUUGCAUCUCAUAGCCCAAGGGACUAUGUCAAUGCUGGAAGGCUUUCUAAGAUUGCCAACAAAAUCAUGGUCUAAAUCAGCAAUAGACCAAUUAAUCUAUCAGUUGUCUGUGCUAAUUUCGUGAUUUCAAUGCAGAGUGUGAUAAUUACAGUAAGCCCUCUGACGGCUUGUAUCUGUAAACCUUCUCAACGUGUUUUCAGUUCCAUGCAUGCUUCGUUGCUUUAGUAAUCGACCCAGAGAGUGGCUGAUAUAAAUAAAUAUAUAUAUCAAUAUAUGUCAUAUUGUUAUUGUCCAUCGCUUAUAAUCCACAUAUGCAUGUACACUACUAUAAUUAUCUUCUU